GUGAGGAGGAGUAGCGGUCGGAGAGUUUACUUUGCCUUCGUGGGAGUGUUGUACUACAGUACGCAAACCACUGAAAGACAAGUUGAAAUCAAAGUUAAGGAUUUCAACUCGGCGGUGGUCAUUUGAGGAUAUCCGUGCGGAUUCCCAACUUUUUUUUCCUCCAUUGGUUGCGCCGGACUUUACUUUCUUUGUAUGAAGCGACCCUUUAGUGUGACUCGACUGCCCCGAAAAGAAUCCAUAUCUGGUCAAAGUAUUCAGCUGUCACAAAGCGGGACCCGUUCGCUAUAAAUAGCCCUGGAUAAGCUGUGGAGGAGACUUCCUUUUGAAAACAUUGCUGGGCACUUAGUUGCCUUUUUAUUUUCGUUUUUUGGGGAGUUGUUGGGAUUCAAUCGCGCCGCCAUGUACACCUCCUACAAGAAGGAAGUAGUGAACUACAGGGACGUGGAUGAAGAUGAACUGCUGAAGAAACUCUCAGAGGAAGAGCUACAGAGGCUGGAGGAUGAGCUGGAGGAGUUAGAUCCUGACAAUGCCCUGUUGCCGGCCGGGAUGAGGCAGAAGGAUCAGACCAAGAAGGCUCCGACCGGAACCUUCCAGAGAGAGAACCUGGUAGCCCACCUGGAGAAGCAGGCCAAGGAACACCCUGACAAGGAGGACCUGGUUCCGUUCACUGGAGAGAAGAGAGGUAAAGUCUUUAUACCUAAGAAAGUGGUGGACCCCAUCAUGGAGAAUGUGACUCUGGAGCCAGAGCUGGAGGAAGCACUGGCCAACGCCAGCGAUGCUGAGAUCUGCGACAUUGCCGCCAUUCUGGGAAUGCACACUCUGAUGAGUAACCAGCAGUACUACGAGGCUUUGGCCAGCAGCAAUAUAGUCAACAAGCAAGGCCUUAACAGUGUUAUCCAGUGUACUCGGUAUAAGCCUGUUCCUGAUGAGCAGCCCAACUCUACUGACGUGGAGGAGACGCUGCUGAGGAUGCAGAGGAACGACCCUGACCUGCUGGAGGUCAACCUCAACAACAUCAAGAACAUUCCAGUGAAGACACUGAAGGCUUAUGCAGACGCCCUAAUAGAGAACACUGUAGUGGAACGCUUCAGCAUCGUGGGAACCAGGAGUAAUGAUCCCGUAGCCUUUGCCCUGGCAGAGAUGCUGAAGGUGAACACCACACUGAAGAGUCUGAACAUAGAAUCCAACUUCAUCACAGGGACGGGUAUCCUGGCUCUCAUCGCCUCACUGCAGUCCAACACAACCCUGCAGGAACUCAAGAUCGACAACCAGAGCCAGCCGCUAGGUAACAAGGUGGAGAUGGAGAUAGCCAGCAUGCUGGAGAAGAACACCACGUUGUUGAAGUUUAGCUACCACUUUACCCAGCAGGGCCCCAGGCUGAGGGGCUCCAACGCCAUGAUGAACAACAACGACCUGGCUCGGGUAAUCCGAUCUGAUCAUCACUCGGACGGUUCCUUUACCCUCACUUUGUCCGUGCCGGAACUGGAGAGGGCAUUUGGUAAAAAGUUCAAGCCAAAACUCACCAAGCCCAAGACCAAGAAAUAAGAAAGAGAAGGCUUGAAGGAGGUCCCAUCUUCCCCAAGUGUCGGACAAGCGUGUAGCGCCGCCCGUGCCAGGCGGUAGCACUGCACUGCCCCGCACCGCCCCGUAUUCAGCCAAACACCCUCCAACAGAUAUCCCAUCAACCCCUGCUUCCCCAACCCUAACCUCGAACCCCUCCGCCAUGACAGAAAUGGUUCCAUUCAGAAUGUCAGGGGCUUUCUUGUUCCUACUGUGGUAUGGAGUUGAUCUACUAUUGUACAUGUGUUUUUUUCCUUCACAGUUUUCUACUGAUAUUGGUUUAGAUAUCUUCAGUAAUAAUAAUAUCUGGUAAUUGUGACAUAGAGAAGCAGCCCACCUAUACAGAAAAUAUUUAUUUUGUUGUUAGUAUGUUUACUGGAGAUGAACUUGUUGUGGUUGAAGAUGAAAUGGUGUUACACCCAUAAUGUAUAUUGUACCACAGGCCAUGGGCAGCAGGUAGCCUAACGGUGAAGCGCGUUCGGCCAGUAACCAAAAGGUCGCUGGUUCAAAUCCCAGAGCCGACUAGGUGAAAAUAAAUCUGUCUUUGUCCUUGACUUAACUUAGUUGUGACGUUAAUACCACGUUACGUAUUUCAGCAUUUCGCAACCACUUAACGUAAUGUUUUUCAGUGUGAGGUUCAUAUAAGAUAAGUUGUUAGUCUGCAGCUCGCACUGUCUGUAAGCAAAAGGCACAUAAUGGUACAUAGAAGCUAUCUUCAGAGGAAUUGUUGCAGAAUAAAAACAUUUUAAGGUGGAAGUACUGUAGUAUUACUGAUCUCUAGUCAGUUUAACUCUUCUCAGUCAAACCUUACACAGAGAGUUUGCUACUAAGCGUUUGUUCUAGAUCAGUUUUGUGACGAAGUCGAUAUCUACAUAGACUGACCGGGUGAAUCCAGGUGAAAGCUAUGAUCCUUUAUUGUUAACACUUGUUAAAUCCACUUCAAAUCAGUGUAGAUGAA